AUGUGGGUGAUUCUGCACAUUUAUUUUUUUAUGUCUUGUAGCUAUAUAUCUGUGGCUUUGAUGGCCAGUUCAGGAACCUGUCAACUACAAGGACACUUUACAUUAAACGGGAUGUACCAGAAUGGAGACUUUUUAAUUGGUGGUUUAUUUGAGAUUCAAUACCUUAAAACAUUCCCAGGGCUAAGCUUCAGAACAGAGCCAAAACUACCACAAUGUGAAAACUUCUAUAUGACAAGCUUCCAGCAGGCAAUAACAAUGGUUUUUGCCAUCCAUGAGAUUAAUAACAAUCCCAACCUGCUGCCUAACAUCACACUUGGUUAUCAGAUGUAUGACAACUGUUUAAGGCUUGGAGUGGCAUUUCGGGCAGCUACAGCACUUAUAAGUGGGACAGAGGAGACCAUCUCUGACCGCAACUGCAGAGGCCCACCACCAGUUAUUGGAGUCAUAGGUGAUCCAGGAUCUACACAUUCUAUUGCAAUUUCCAGUGUUCUGGGGCUUUUUCGAAUGCCUAUGAUUAGCUAUUAUGCCACCUGUUCCUGUUUGAGUAACAGGAAAAAGUACCCCUCUUUCUUCAGAACAAUCCCCAGUGAUGCCUUUCAGGUGCGAGCUAUGGUUCAAAUUUUGAGGCAUUUUGAAUGGACCUGGGUUGGUCUCCUCUACAGUGACGAUGAUUAUGGCAUCAAUGCUGCGCUGUCCUUCCACCAAGAUGUGCAGCAGUUUGGAGGCUGUGUGGCCUUUUCUGAGAUACUGCCCAAUGAUAACAACCAGAUGGCAGUACAACACAUAGUCAGAGUCAUUCAAAUCUCUACAGCAAAAGUAGUGGUUGUGUUUUCCACUUCAAGCUAUUUGCUGCCUGUGGUUGAUGAAAUGCUGUUGAAAAAUAUUACAGGCAGGCAAUGGAUUGCUAGUGAGGCUUGGUCCACCUCACCUGUGCUUCUUACUCCAAGACUUAGGUAUGUUUUGGGGGGUACACUGGGUAUAGCCAUCCGACGGGGAGAGAUUGAAGGACUUGACAACUUUCUGUUACGUCUUCGUACUGACAAUUUCUCACAAAACAGUAUGGUCAGGAUUUUCUGGGAGAACAUGUUUGAAUGCAAAUUUGACACUGGGGGAGGACUGAGAGCAAAAAUGUGCUCAGGACAAGAGGAUUUGAGAAGCAAAUAUACACCAUACACUGACGUAUCUGAGUUGAGAGCUUCUUAUAAUGUCUAUAAGGCAGUUUAUGCUCUAGCAUACGCACUACAUGACCUAAUGCAUUGUGAGGAGGGAAGAGGACCAUUCAGUGAGAACAGAUGUGUUGACAUAUCAAAUCUAAAACCUUGGCAGCUGGUUCACUACCUUCAAGGAGUGAAAUUUACCACAGGCUUUGGGGAUCAUGUGUCGUUUGACAAAAAUGGAGAUGCUCUGGCCAUCUAUGAUGUGCUGAACUGGCAGCCGAGCUCUGAGGAGUCAGUAACUAUCAGAAGAAUUGGUGUUGUAGAUGAAGGGGUGACAACAGGGAAGGUGUUCACACUAGAUGAGAAUGCAAUAUACUGGAACUUUGAGACAAAUAAACCUCCACGGUCUGUGUGCAGUGAAAGCUGCCCCCCAGGAACCAGACGAGCAACAAGGAAAGGGCUUCCUGUCUGCUGUUUUGACUGCUUGCCAUGUGGAGAUGGGGAAAUUUCCAAUACAACAGAUGCCACUGAGUGCAUAGCAUGUCCAAAUGAUUUCUGGUCCAACCCACAAAAAGAUCGAUGCAUCCCAAAAGAAGUAGAGUUUCUCUCGUAUGAGGAUCCUCUGGGCAUUUCUCUGAUCACUGCGGCCAUGCUUGGCACUUUAAUCUGUGCUCUUGUGAUUACAAUUUUUGCUCAUUACCACAAAACUCCUGUAGUACGUUCAAAUAAUUCAGAGCUCAGCUUCCUGCUUCUGUUGUCACUUAAACUCUCUUUCCUGUGUGUGCUGCUGUUCAUUGGUCAGCCACAGUUAUGGACAUGUCAGUUAAGACAUGCUGUGUUUGGCAUAAGCUUUGUUCUGUGUGUCUCCAGUAUCCUGGUUAAGACUAUGGUGGUAAUAGCCGUCUUUAAAUCAUCACGGCCCGAGGGUAAAAAUGCAAUGAAAUGGUUUGGAGCAGCUCAACAAAGAGGGACAGUCCUGAUCCUAACAGCUCUUCAAGUUUUGAUAUGUGCAGUCUGGCUGUCAACUGCUUCUCCAACACCCUAUAAAAAUAGCCGGUAUAUCAGAUCUAUUAUAGUCUAUGAAUGUGCCAUUGGCUCAGUGGCUGGAUUUUCUCUGCUGUUGGGAUACAUUGGACUGUUGGCAGCAGUAAGCUUCCUGUUAGCCUUCCUAGCCAGAAACCUUCCAGAUAAUUUUAAUGAAGCAAAGUUCAUCACUUUUAGCAUGUUGAUUUUCUGUGCUGUGUGGAUUGCAUUUGUUCCAGCAUAUGUGAGCUCUCCAGGGAAGUAUGCAGUGGCUGUGGAGAUUUUUGCCAUACUAGCUUCUAGUUUUGGCUUACUGCUAGCAAUAUUUGCCCCAAAGUGCUACAUCAUUAUAUUACACCCAGAAAGAAACACUAAGAAAGCCAUUAUGGGGAAAAGUACACAAAAUAAAUAG